UGAUGUUUUUAUUUUAGUUAAACCGCCUGAUAUGAUGUUAUCAGAAACCAAACUCACUGUGACGUUGUAUAAGGGUGAAAAGGAAAUACUUUGCAUGGUAUCUGGCUUUCCAACUACGACAGUUCAAUGGAUGAAAGGAAAAAUGACCAAGCCUUCAAUUCGAUCAAAUAAACAAUCCAGAGUAGAACAAAAACUAGUUUUGAACCUGAAGCAAUUGACAAUUGCAGACGAAGGACAAUAUAAAUGUUUGGCAUCAAAUACAGUUGGGAAAACUACUACAUCGAUUUCGAAAACAGUUGAUAUAACUGUUCCAAGUCAACCAUCAAUCCUGAACAUUACAACUUCACCUUGCAACUCAAGUCUAUGGAUUACCUGGAAGCCACAUCUUCGCGGGAUUGGAAUUAAGCACAGAUUUCGAAUUGUGGAUCUUAGCAACAGCACCAAUCACAUCAUUUUCUUUGCGACACCGAAUAAAAUCUCCAUUACGUUAAACGUGGCAGGUCUUCAACCGUCAACUCCCUAUUUCAUCAAGAUCAACGGACAACAACCAGGACAAGCAACAAUUGGACGGAAUCAACCAAAAAGCUGA